AUGAAGACUCCAUGGCAGAGAGAAGGCUCACAGAUACCGCCCGUCAAACGCGAGCGAAAUGCGUCAGCUAUGACGAAGGAAAAACUGUUGACCACACCGUCCCGACUAUUGAAGUUGAUCUUACCGGUAACGACGAAGGAUUAUAAUGGUGACAGAAAGGACGUCGAACCGUUGGCACUCCUACUACACUCCCAGCAACCAUUGUCAUAUUUAGAACACUUAAUCCAAGCAGAGGUUUCACCCAUCACAGACAACAACAGUCAUCUGCGUCCAUCACACGUCUCUUUCCUAACGGUCGAAGUCGAAGACGGGACAAUCCAACCGAGAAGACCCAAAGCCAUGAACUAUGUCGACGAUUCAAAGGAUGAUGAACAUGAUUCGCCGGAACAGGACGAAGAAAAACCGUUGGUAGCGACGAGAGACUCUCAGAUAGCUCAACUGAGGAAUAUUCCCGACGAAAAAGAUGGCAUAACUAAGGAUCCUGAGACUGCACACGAAACAGAAACGAACAUAGAUGCAGAUACACAUGUACUCCGCAAAGGUUCCUUUGUUCGAUGGUCCUCAUCCACUGAAAUCGGCGACUUGAUCCGCGACGCAGCACGCGUCAAAGAAUUUCUCGUCGAAAUCGAAAACUCACCUCUCGACAAAAUCCCCGUAGCUGUUCCAUCUUUCAAUGACCGCACAUACUAUCUCCGCAUGCGACUCCGCAAACUCUCCAAAAGUCUGAAAAAACUCGCCAUCAUCAAACAAGAAUGCGACAUGCUCGCCCACCGCGGCGCCCAACGAGUAGCACUCGGCGGCCUCGGUGUGAUGAUCUCAUGGUGGUACAUCGUGUAUAAACUCACCUUCGAAACCCCCUACGGCUGGGACACCAUGGAACCUGUUACUUACCUGGUUAGCUUAUCCACGCUGAUGGGAGGUUACGCCUGGUUUCUGUACCACAACCGCGAAAUCUCGUACCGCUCCGCGCUCGAUUUUACAGUUAAUCGGCGACAACAGAAACUCUACCAGAUGCGCGGGAUUGAUUUGCAAGUUUGGGAAUCUCUAAUUGAAGAGGCGAAUGCGUUGAGGAGGGAGAUCAAGACUGUCGCGGAGGAGUAUGAUGUUGAUUGGGAUGAGAGGGGGGAUGAGGAGGAUGAGCGGGUGACGGAGGCGCUGAAGCAUGAGCGUCGACAGAAGGAGAAGAGGGAGGAGGCAGAGAGGGAGCAUCAAAAGGAGGAUGAGCGGAAGGAUGAGGACCGACCCUUAAAAAACAAGGGCGGGGUGUGA